AUGGCUGCGCUGUCCACGCCACCGAGGUCCUUCUCUCCCACUGCUGCUGCUGCUGGAUUCCGCACGCCCAAGACCGCUUCUCGCCCUCACGGUCGCGCACCUCCGCGCCCGGCACUCCCGCCCUCACCUGCGCAAACCAGCUCACCAGGCGACGUGACUGCGACCGAGACACAGACCGAGAUCAAUCCGGCCGUGCCCCAACAGAUCGGUGUUCCAGGCCUCAUCCGCACCCUCAAGGAUAUACGGCAGGGCGUAUGGAAGCAUCCGUCGCCGGGUUGGGCAAAAUACAGCGUGUCAGUCGAGGAAUACCAUAAGCUGCUCGACAAGAUCGAGGAGGAGGACGACUUCGCAAACUGGUUCUUACAUACGGUCCGGUGCGAUUACAGCAACUGCUACGAGGAGCUUGUUCUUCGAGUGGGUGGCCCACUUCAUGUCCAUGAGACAAUGUGCAAGAGCCUCGAGCGUCGGAUCGAAGCCGAGCUGGAAAGGCUAAAGGCCGUAUCUCUCGAGUUAGCCUCCGUCAUCGCCGAUAUACGUCCCCGUGGGAGCGCCGCAGUCCCCCUGAAUAUCAACGGCGCUGAUGCUGAUAUCGACACCAACACGCCCUCGUCACCCGCCUUAUCAACCAUUGUAAAGCUCUCGCGUAAAGGCAACAGGUAUCCAGACGCCCAGUACAGCAACAAGCACGCAAUCUGGUCCUCUCCCAUCAUUGAAGUGAGCCACAGCCAGAAGCUCAAGGACCUAUCUGGACUCGCCAAGGAUUUCAUCGCUGGGUCUGAGUUUAACAUCGAAGCCAUGGUUGAAAUGAAGCUCGAGUACACGCCUCCGGGCCGGGUUACUGCGCCAGCACGCGGCAUGAAGAAGUCCCAACCAUCGAAGAAGGCGGUCGUUACGGUAUGGCGUCCAGGCGUUGUCACAAGGAAAGACUCUACUGGAACGGAAAAGAAAUUCCAAGCGCCCGUAAAGGUUAUGGACGAAGCCUUCCGCAGCGAAACCGGCAAGCAUCUACCUGGUACCCUUCGCCUCCCGCUUGAAUGUUUCGUGCCUCUAGACGCCAUCGACCUUGAUACUAUCCCACAGGAAUGGCGCCCCCUUAUAGAGGCCACUACCAUCGACAUCUCCUUCGCAGACCUCUGCAAGGACCUUGAGGACGGAGAGGAGGAACAUAUGCGGAAAGUGAAUAUGAUCGGGGGCAGGAAGAGGCCAAUGUUCGAGGCAGUAAGGCCAUAUGAAGAGGAGAUGCGGGCGAAGAGAAAGAAGAUGGUGGCUGGAAGCAUAGAGAGGGAGGACCCGGCUUUCCGCACUCCGUAG